GUCGUCCUCCUCCGCACUCGGCUCCGCCACUGGGAGUUCGGCUAGGAGCUGCUGGAAGCCCCGUCGUCGUGACAGACCGAGUGGCAUUUCGCCCAAACUUUUCCUCCGAUUCUCGGACGUGUCGGAAAGACUGAAGGGGCGCCUUUUCUGUUUCGUCCAUGCCUGGGAGAACCCUGCGUGCGAGAAGACAGCGCUGGUGCCCCUGACUGUCCCUCAGGAUGAGUGAGGCCGAAAGUCAGUUCUACAGUGUUCAGGUGGGGGACUCUACCUUCACUGUGCUCAAUCGCUACCAGCAGCUCCGUGCCAUCGGAUCUGGAGCCCAGGGCAUCGUUUGCUCUGCCCUAGAUACUGUCCUGGGCAUUUCAGUGGCAGUGAAAAAGCUGUGCCGGCCCUUCCAGAACCAGACACAUGCUAAACGUGCAUACAGGGAACUUGUGCUGCUAAAAUGUGUCAACCACAAAAAUAUCAUCCGUCUGAUCAAUGUGUUCACGCCUCAGAAAUCCCUGGAGGAAUUCCAAGAUCUGUAUUUGGUGAUGGAGCUGAUGGAUGCCAGCCUUUGCCAGGUGACCCACAUGGAUCUGGACCAUGAAAGAAUGUCUUAUCUGCUUUACCAGAUCCUCUGUGGAAUCAGACAUCUGCACUCUGCUGGUAUCAUUCACAGGGACUUGAAGCCCAGUAACAUUGUGGUGAAGUCAGACUGCACCCUGAAGAUUUUGGACUUUGGCCUCGCUAGGACAGCUUGCACCAACUUCAUGAUGACACCAUAUGUGGUGACCAGAUACUACCGAGCACCGGAGGUCAUUCUGGGGAUGAAGUAUAAGGAGAAUGUUGACAUCUGGUCUGUGGGAUGCAUCAUGGGAGAGAUGGUUAAAGGUAGUGUCAUCUUCCAAGGCACCGACCACAUCGAUCAGUGGAACAAAGUAAUUGAGGUUCUGGGCACACCCAGCCUUGAGUUUAUGAACCGUCUGAUGGAGACUGUGAGAAACUACGUUAUGAACAAGCCACAAUAUCCAGGUGUCAGCUUUGCAGAUCUUUUCCCCGACUGGGCCUUUCCCUCGGAAUCGGAGCACGACAAGCUAAAGACGAGUCAAGCUCGAGACUUGCUGUCCAAAAUGCUUGUCAUCGACCCUGAGUGCCGCAUCUCCGUAGAGGAAGCUCUCAAUCACCCCUACAUUCACAUGUGGUAUGACCCUGCAGAGGCUGACGCGCCUCCUCCGCAGAUUUCUGACAAGCAAUUAGAAGAAAGAGAGCACAGCAUCGAGCAAUGGAAAGAGCUAAUUUAUGAAGAAGUGAUUGACUGGGAAGAGAGGAACAAGAAUGGUGUGAUGAAAGACGAUUGCUCAGAUGUAGUGUCCAGUUCGGCCUCGCAGUCGUCUUCGGCUAAUGAUAUAUCAUCUAUGUCAACGGAGCACACUGUUGCCUCGGAUACAGACAGCAGCAGCAUCGACACGCUCACGGGGCCGCUAGACGAGAGUCAGUGAACGCAAUCUAUCUUCUUCUUUGCCCUCCGCCCAUCAAUCCUUAUACCCUUAGUCUUUUUUUCAAAUGAAUCUUUAUCUUGACUUCCAAAACAAUUUUUGGACUUCCAUUUUAGAGAUCAAAAUGUAUGCUACGCAACUCGUUACCUUUCUGACGUGGUGGAUGCAUGCAUUGAUUUAGCAGGAGCACAUGUCUGGAGGCGUUGUGGUUUGUUCGACAUAUGUAGUAUUUUUAAUAGUUUUAUUUUUGUAGCAGAUAUUAUGUUGAAAUAAAAGGUUUACUGUCAUCUACUUCGCAGAAAUGCACCAAAUGUAGACCACAGCUUCUCUCAUGCAUGUCAGCAAAAGAAACAAAAGCUUAAAGUUGCUGUUUAUGUGAUCAACUCAUUCAAAAGUUGAUCUGCAAAUCUCUGGCUGGCUUGCAAUCUCCAUCCAGUGUGCACAGAAACAUACGUUUAUUCAUUUGUCCGAAGUCAUGUGGAGAAUUUUCUCCUGCAAGCAUGGCAAGGCUGUGGUUGCAUUGUUUUAUUCUGCCAUGUAAUAUAGUGUAUGUAAAGAUGCACACACAGACAUUGUGAUAGUAGACCCAUACAUUGCAAAUAGUGUUUGAUGUUUUUGUAUAUGUAUAGUAUUGUAAUCACACAACAUUUUGUUUAAGGUACUCUUCUUAGAGGAUAUCAACAAUGUAUACAUCAAAUGGAAACGUAUCCUGUAAAUCUGGGGGGGAUGGAAAGCGAUACAUGUUUGUUUUUAUCUGUUAUUGCAAAAUGUUGCACAUGUUGAGGGCCGUCCGAUCAAUUAUUUGCAAACUUUUUAUUUCCGUUAACAAGCGCACACAUGACUAUGAUGAAAACCAUAUCAUCAGCCAGGGACAGGAGCAAAAGCAACUAAACACUGAUAUUGCAUUCAGAUGCAGUUCAGCUUUAUAUUUUGUCAUAUACAGCGGUACUUCUACUUAUGAAAUUUUAUUGGUUCUAGAAGUAGUUUCGUAACUUGAAAAUUCUGUAGGUAGAGACACAUUUUCCAUGUAAAUACCCUAAUCCAUUCCAAGCACCCCGGAAUUUAGACAUUUUUUAUAAUUCAUAAAAAUGCAUCAAAACAUGUAACAAAUACAAUACAUGUUACAGUUAGAUUCAUACGUGGAGUUUAAGAGGGGCCAGGGGGGCAUGCCCACCUCCUGGUGGCCGAAAAGUGUCAUUGCAUGUAGUUGACUUUCCUAUAUAUGAUUUUAAAAUUAAGAGUUUUCCGGUAAAAUACUGUCUAUAAAAGUUGUAAAGCAAUAAAACAAACUUCAAAAAUGAAUGAAAUGAAAAAAAUAUAUAUAUAUUUUUAUAAUGGGUCAAAAUUAUUUUUUAAUAAUUUUUUCACACCUAAUCUUUCAAAAGUGACAACAACUACUGAGCAAGAACCAAGGAUUGAAAAUAUGGCCCAUGAAACGCCAGAGACCACCGUAAAAAUGGUGAGUGGAGUUUCAAUUUGCGGAGUUUACACGGAGCUAAUUUUUAAAGAUACACGAUAAUAUCGGUCACCGAUAAUUAUCGGCCGAUAAUGGCAAUUAUGACGUCACACAGAUAAUCCAGAUAAUAAAAAAAUUCAACCGAUAAUGCAAUCCGAUAAUUAUAUACUUGAUUUAGCUUCCAAAUGUGCGCAACCGAAGAAUUCAGCACGCCGCCUCCUCAACCCCUCCCCUCUCUGAAGCCCCUGAGGGAGGAGGGGUUGAGGAGGCGGAGUUACACGACAAGAAGUAGUUGAAUAUUAUGGCGGCUGUUACUAAAAAAACGACGCUCUCGCCAUCUGCGAAACAUGUACCGUAGAAGUUCCAGGCAGAAAGAAAGCGUCCUCAUUCAAAACCACUAACCCAGCAGCCGUUUAAAACUGCGUCACAAAGAUUUUUGGAACGAAUACGAGGCUGCUGUUAGCGGGAAUGCUCAGGCUAUUGUAAACACAAGCUAAACUACGGGGCUUGUGACAAUACAGAGUCGGGCAGUUUGUGGAUGCAGCCCAAGGCGGGUGGUAAAUUUGGAUCUAAGGCUAAACACCGGCACGACUGUAGACCGAUAGUCGGCAAGUAGCCGUCUUCCGACGGAGCCCGCCGCUCUGGCCGGUCCGUUAGGCCGCCUCGCCAUAGGCGGGGCAGGCCUGGCCGAGCCGAGCCCGAUUUCCCGGCUUCGGGACCUCCGGCGAACACCCCGGUUUCUCGAGCGUUCCCCCACGGCGUGCGAGCAGAGCCAGGACCCGAAUACGCCGCGGCGAACCAGUCGGGGCGGGCGGAUUAUCCGGUACGAACGUAGUUGCCGCCGCCGAGACGAGACACGUUUUUUUUUUUUUUUACCGAAAUGUUCCGAGAACCAAAGCCCUGGAUAAAAAAAUAAUGCUGUUUAUAGGACCACCAUUCUUCAUGAAAAAGUGAUGUCCAGUAAGCAAGCUUAUCAUGACGGCACAGUGGUUAGAUGAUAAUUUAACAUGGAGAAAACGAAGUCAGCCAGCCAAUAAUGCAUUCAGUAUGUAAAAUGACGAGCGGUCAGAUGACUUUGUAACGCUGCCUUUAUUUUCGGCUUAACAAAACUCAGGCACAAAACAACACGCACGCAGAUGCGAGCUCCAACUCUGUCCAAAUAGUCCUGCCGUGUAUCAGUUUAGCUGCUGUAAAGCAAAUGUCGCGAAAGCUGCAAAUGUAAACAAAGCGCUGGGUACAUGACAUCUCGCUCUUUUGAGUUAAUCAUUUUCACAGUGUGCAACAAAGCAUAUACAGUAACAUUAGCAAUCACUUUUCAAAUUAUUUAACUUAUUUCUCUGAUCAAUUACAGUCACAGUAGAUAAUCAAAUUCUUAAAUCAACAUUCUGUAGCCACAAAUAUUAUUCAAAAUCUUUACUUCUUCCAAGUUUUUGUUUUUUUAGGAUUAAGUAAAAUAAUGUAUUGCUUAAAACAAGGUUGUUAAGAUUAUUUUCAGCUAGCUAUUUUUCUUCCAAGAAAGCUGAGAGAAAUACAAUUGAAGCGAUGGCAGAUAAUUUCACUUAUUGCCAAUAGAUUUACACUUAAAACUGACUAGUUUUAAGGAGGUGUGUUUUGCAGUGUAUUAAUGUUAUAUAUGUUAGGAAUGGCUUACUUUUAAAGGCAUUUUUGUGCAACUUAGGUAUUUACUCUGUAAGUAAUUGUUGCCAAAAGUUUACCAUUACACAACGUUAGACAAUCUGUCAUUAUUUAGAUGUUUGAAUUGACGACUUGUUCAUAUUUUAUGUUGAAAAAAAGAGCAAUAAAUUAUAUUUUUGCACAGUAAUAUUUUCUUUUGUGUAUACUUUAAAAUUUUACAUAAAUCUUUUAAUAGAAUUAUCGGCUUGACAUUAUCGGUUAUCGGUUGGAAUGAGGAGGAAAUUAUCGGUUAUCGGUAUCGGUUGAAAAAUGUAUUAUCGUGCAUCACUACUAAUUUUACAACAGAGCCACCACCGGUGUCUUGCCAAUGUAGUUACACCCGUCAAAAAUGGUAUCUCCUGGCUGUGGGAGCGCGCACACACACAUUAGUUAUGAGUUAUGUCGACCUAAACAAUUAAUUGAAUCCAGAAAAGAACAACAGUUAUAUAUUUUAGACAUCGAUGUUUAUUAAACUGGAGAAGCUCCAUACAGGACUUGAAUUACAGUAAUAAAAGUUAUAGGUCAUCCUAUGUGUAAAAUAGUAAAACAUCGCCUUUUUUUACGUUCAGUACGUGAGUUACGUUAUACGACAGAAAAAAUUAAAUUAAAAAAAAAAAUGUUGACGGAUGGGCCAUGUUUUAAAACCUCUUAGAUAACUACAUCACCAAAACACAGAAAUCAAGCAAAUCAGUACAGCGCAGUCGCUCUGCCCAGGGGAUACAAUUUUUGACGGGGGUAACAACAUUGGCGCGACAUCGAGGGGUGUACCGUCUUCACUGGAUGAUGAUCUUGGCGAAAAGUACAGCUGUCCUAAACAGUCUGAUUUAGAAUUGGCCUCAAGAAUGAUGGGGGGGAACCCAUUCAUUUUCAACUUAUUAUUAUAAAUAUUCUUGUAAGUUAAUUUUAUUGCUGACAUUGCGUUUCGGGGUCAUCAACGUGUAGUGCCCCCCCUGCCCCAAAAGUCAAACUCUGCCUAUGGUUAGAUUAUUUGACAAUAAACAUAAAAUAAGAGUUGUGCAGAAUGUAAAAAACAAAGAAUAAAUAAUAAAAGUUAAUAAACUCAUGUAAAGGUGUCGGAAGGGCGGAUGAAGAGAGCACUGGGAUACACACAUACCUGUAGAGUAGAGUUCCCUCUUAGCCAUCUGGAUGGCAGGAAUACAAGGCAAUAGCUAGUGGCAGAGCCGCUAUAAGUAUGUUAUGCUCAGUAAACUCUGGGAGCUGGGAGUACCAGCCAUACUGUAUUUUUGCCUUUCAUAUCCUGAAAUUUCUUUCGUAACAAGAGGCAAUAUUUUCCCGUUGAGGCGUGUCUUAACCUGAAAAUUCUGUAUGUAGAGACAUUCGUAAGUAGAGGUACCACUGUUUACAAAAUUCUGUCAAGUCUUUGCUCGAUGUUUUGGUUUCUGAAGGAUGUACCAAGAGAUGUUUGCUUUCAUUUGACAUUUUAUUGCUAUGCUAUUGAGUUGUUACUCUGCAGCCCCUGCUAUCGUCAUCAUUGAAACAUUGGCAGUGGGCUUCUCAUGUGCAAGUCAUUGGAAGAUGUAGCUUAAAACCAUGAAGAAUAUACACAGUGAUGAAAGAUAAAGUGACUGUCGCGUAAAUCCUCAAGCCUGGCACAAAACAAAGAGGAAACAUGUUAGAAAAUGGACUUUGAAGCUUCACACAGGUACGGACUCAUGUGUGCGUUCAAGCGUAAACCUGCAUU